GCACUCAAGUGAUCAUGGCGAAGAUUGAGUGGGCGAUGUGGGCCAACGAGCAAGCUUUGGCUGCUGGACUCAUUUAUCUGACUGGUGGAAUCGUUGGGGUGGCUGGUCAGUUCAGAGGCUGGCAGUUUGCAGCUUUUGGGAUUGCUGCUGGUGUGUUUGUGUGUUUGCUUGAAUAUCCACGCAGCAAACGGGGCAAAGGCACCAGUAUUGAGAGAAGCGGUCAGUACUGCUUUACAGUGUGUGUAAAAUCUUUUGGACCCCUGACCAGAAACUAUUACGUCAGAGCUUUCUUACAUGCUGCGCUCUGUGUCCCUGGAGGGUUCAUGUUAGCCACAGUUUUGGGAUGUGUGUGUCUAGGAAUGGCAAGUUUGAUCUACCUCUCUGCAGCUAUUCAUGGAGAGCACUGGGAGCCUAUACUCCACAUAGAGACAAAAAAACGUCUUGGGGAGAGCAUCAAAGAACCUCCUCAAAACCCACCUCCCAGACCUCCCCCUGAACUGCGACGUAAAAAAGCAGAUAACCUGGAUGCUGCAGCAUAUGACAAUCCUAUGUCUGUCACCAUCAACGAAUAAAGAUUUCCUAAAAGUGUAAAUAGUUCAAGAGGUGAUGGCAACAAGUAACAGUAAUAUGGAAUGUUUAUGAUGAGUUAUACAGACAAACUGCAUUAUCAUCUGAUAUAAUUGUCUUAAAACUUAGGAUGUCACUCAUUUGUUGUGUCUAAAAUAAUGCCACAUUUUAGUUCCACUUUUUUGUUAUAUGUGUAACCUUUUUCUGUGUCUUUUUUUUUGUUGUCUAGAAACAAUAUUUUAUUUAUCUCUGAUUUUUAAAGUAAAGAAAACAAAAUCAUGAGAUGGUCAUGUAUGAAUGAUGAAAGCCUGUUUUAAAAUGUUUUGUUACAAGGAACAAGGAAGUUAAUUUCCUUUUGUGUCCUCUCGAUGACUUGUUUGAAAUGUUAUAUGAAAACAAACAAAAAAAACUUCAUCUGACAUCUACCAAGUAGAUAUAAACAAUAAAGAUAAAUGGAAAAUAUCUGA